GUCGUGUCUAAGCCCAGCGGAAAUAUUCGAAAAAAUAUAGGAUAUAUAAUAUAUACUAAAUAUAUAGUGAAUAUAAAAUUUUAAACUACAAAUUGAAAAGCAAAUGGAGCUGAUUAAAGAAGAAGUGAAUAAUACUAAUAUUGACGGCUGUGAUACGUCUGUAUAUGGCAUGCCAGUCGAGGCGCACAGUCCAAAAUACCUGGAGGCGUAUCGUAAGUCUGUCCAAAAUCCCGUUGCUUUCUGGGAGGAGCUGGGCCAUCUGCUUGACUGGGACAGACCAUGGCAACAGGUGCUGGACAACAGUAAUCCUCCAUUUACCAAGUGGUAUGUGGGCGGUUACCUGAAUGCCUGCUACAAUGCCAUCGAUAGGCACAUUCUGGCUGGGAGGGGGGACAAAGUGGCGCUGAUCCAUGAUAGUCCGAUGACGGAGACGGUGCGUAAGGUGACUUAUCAGGAGCUGUACGAUCAGGUGAUCCUGCUGGCAGGUGGACUUGCCAAAUUGGGCGUUACCAAGGGCGAUCGUGUGGUGAUCUAUAUGCCGCUUAUACCCGAGACGAUUAUAGCAAUGCUGGCCAUUGUCCGACUUGGUGCAGUACAUUCCGUGGUCUUUGGUGGCUUUGCCGCCCGAGAGCUCUGCUCGCGCAUUGAGCACGUGGAGCCGAAGCUGGUAAUUGCCGCCAAUGCGGGUGUGGAGCCCGGAAAAGUGGUGCCGUAUCUAGACAUACUUCACUCGGCCAUCAACAUGUCACGCUGGAAGCCACCGCAACGCAACGUCAUCUUCAUGCGCGAACAAGUUGCCCUGGACAAACUGGAUGAGAAAGUGGACUUACACUGGUCCACGGUGUUGGACAUGAGCGAUGCUGACCAGCCGGUGGCCUGUGUGCCCAUCGAAGCCAACGAUCCAUUUUAUAUACUCUACACCUCUGGCACCACCGAUAAACCCAAGGGUGUACUCCGCACCAUUGGUGGCCACUUGGUGGCUCUGAUGUACACUUUGAAAAUGAUUUAUGGCAUUCAACCAGGCGACACUUGGUGGGCUGCAUCCGACAUGGGCUGGGUGGUUGGACACUCUUAUAUUUGUUACGGCCCACUUUGCCUGGGCGCCACGAGCGUCAUGUAUGAAGGCAAACCGGAUCGUACUCCCGAUCCCGGACAGUACUUUAGAAUUAUCGAUCAGCAUAAGGUGUGCUCGAUCUUUUCGGUGCCAACCUCGUUUCGUGUGAUACGCCGUGCUGAUCCGGAGAUCAGCUAUGGAAAACAGUACUGCAUGAAAUCUCUACGUGCUAUUUUUAUAGCCGGGGAGCACUGUGACUACGAGACAAAGGCAUGGAUUCAUAAAACCUUCAAAGUACCAGUACUCAAUCAUUGGUGGCAGACGGAAACUGGCUCGGCAGUGACGGCAACCUGUUUGGGUUUCCAACAGAACCUCAAUCCACCAAUGUACUCCACGGGUUUGCCCCUUGUGGGCUACGAUAUCAAAAUUCUCAAGAAGGAUGGCACAGAAGCUCCUCCUUCGGAGCUGGGAAGGAUUGUGUUGAAAUUGCCGCUGCCUCCUGGCAACAUGGCCACUCUUUAUAGAAAUGACGAACUCUUUCGCAAGCUAUACUUCCAAAAGUUUCCAGGCUACUACGACACCAUGGAUGCAGGCUAUAAGGAUGAACGCGGUUAUAUUUUUGUAACCGCACGGGAUGAUGAUGUCAUUAAUGUGGCCGGUCAUCGCUUGUCCACGUCCAGCCUGGAAGAUGCUGUGUUGCGGCAUCCCGAUGUUGUCGAUGUUGCCGUAUUUGGUGUUCCGGAGGCAACAAAGGGACAGGUGCCACUCUGUCUAUACAUUCCCGUGGAUAACUGCAAGAAAACUGAUGCCAAACUGUCGACCGAGAUUAUCACACUUAUCCGUGAAGUCGUGGGACCCAUUGCCGCCUUUCGCCUGAUCACCUCCGUCAAUAACUUGCCACGCACUCGGUCCGGCAAGACGAUGCGCAAGUCCAUGGCGGAUUUUGCCCGGAAUGAGCGUGUCGUCUUGCCGGCGACCAUCGACGAUGCCAGCGUCUUUGUCGAAAUACGUCGAGCUCUACAACAUCUGGGUUAUGCGAUGUCUGCACCUGAUCCCAUAGUGGCCAAACUCCUGGACUGAGUAUUAGUUGUUACUUGGUUCUGUGAACAAUUUAUUUAGUUUUACAAUUGCUACCAACAAAAUAAAUAUAAAAACGUUUUGAAAUUCAGUCGAAAGUUCAGCCACACUUUUUU